CAGUCGUGGAAAACCGUGAGCCCGACACCGGCGGAACACGAAUUGGUCAGCGUCCCAAAGAAAUGCCUGCGCAUGUUUGACGGAGACUCGGGCGAGAUAUUGCUGACAUCCGAGUGCGAACGCGAACUCCACGACCUGGCGACGGACGACGGGAAGCUACGAUUCCGGCUUAGAAACUGCGACGCGCCUGAGACGGAGUGCUCGGUGCGUAUCUACAAACAACCAGACGACGGGUCAACGACGAUGACGCCGUUUCUUACGCGACAUAUUGGAAUCGAAGCACUGCGGGCAGCGAGGGAGCUGGUAUUCCGAGCGAGCGAGGUCCUGUUGCACGUCGGUACGGGUGCGGCCGGCCAGCGCGACGUCCCUCACGACCGUUUCGGCAGGAGAUUGGUUCAGGUCUUCACGAGAAACGAGAACGGCAGCCUGGAUAACUUGACCGAGAAACUCGCCGCGGCCGGGUACACGCUGUCUUUUUACACGACCGGAAUAGACGUCGCCGUGGAUGCAGCGAUGCGUGCGGCGAUUGUCGACAAAGAGGGAAUCUUCAGCCUGCCGGAAGAAGUCUUCACCUACCCGAACCUGCCGUGGGACAUACGAAAGAUGUGGGGACAACACGGCGUGAACGCGUACGAAGAAUAUCGUCCGAUAUUGAACCGCCCCGAGGAUCCUACGGUGUGGGCCUGCAGUGGCGCUGGAUCGCGGCAAGUUCUCGCAGACGAUGGUGAAUCGUGGCCCGAGAGCCAAGAUUCGGACAACUUUUUUUUUCGAAUUGUACCAUGCAGCACGUUUUUGGAAAGCCGAUGUUUCGUCGCGAAAAGCGAAAUUCCGAACUCGGGUCACGGCCUGUUCCUAGCACGACACAAGUUCCCCAUCGAGAGCGGGGCGCAUAUCUGCCUUUACGCCGAACGAAGCACCACCGAGGAAGAAAUGAACAAAAACAGCAGCUCUCGUUCCUACGCGAUAUUCGUGCACAGAAAAAAACGAUGGUUCGACGCGGAGGUGGAAACGGCCAAUAAUUUGGGACGAUUUGCAAAUCAGCCGUGGGUGCUCGAAGCAUUCAAGCACAUACGAACUCUUUCGUCAGCGGAAAGGCCCCCUCUGACGGAAGAGGAUUGGGCGAAAACCGAAAGUCGAAUAGACGAACAGUGCAACGCUCGCUUCGACACGACCGGGGAACAGUUAGUUCUACGAACGAAACGGCGCUUGGAGCCCUCGAAACGUCCGACGGAGAUACUGGUGAACUACGGUGGGCUUCGCUCCUACUGGAUCCCGUUGUUAAGACAACGCCGUGAUGAUGAAGUGCUACCAGAAAGCCUGAGAGAAAUCGUUGCGUGGCUUUUCGAGUCCCCAGAAUGCAACUGGUCGACCGAGCAAAGAACUAAAUGGACGUUUAUGUGAACUGAAAAGAACAUGCAACCAAUUUGAACAUAAUAGUUGAACAUUUAAGCCGGACAUUUCACUGAAAAUUUAGGCUAUUUAUUUAUUUUGUUGCUUCUGUAUUGAAAAUGUACAUAUGUCAGGAAAUAAAGUUUUUUUCUGGCCAAAGCUAGAUAUUAAUAACCCUUUUGUCACUACUUGUAUAUACAGUGUGUAUCAGGAAUGAAACAUGCGUGCAUUAUUAAUGAUAAG